ACAUACAGACCGGAGAAUCAAAACCAUGAAUGCUGUAAAUUCUGUGCAACUGCUCAUUCUGGUUUGGACUUUUACUGCUGUUUGUCGAGCUGAUGUUGAUGUUUCCCGUGUAAGCUGUAAGGAUGUGACUGGAACUGUGGGGAAAGAAGUAACUUUCACCUGCAGCGUCCCUCCGUGCACUGAAUGCUGCACUGAAAAGUAUAAGUUUCUAUACCCUAAGAAACCCUCAAUAUGUGAACAAAAAAACACCUGUGGACUGGGAAACAGCUUCACAUGCAGAUACACUCCAACUACAGCAAUGACAGAAAAAUUAAUCUUCUAUUUGCAAACAAAGAGUGGAAUGAAAAACACAGAAUUCACUGUGAACAUAACAGAGCCCAGUAAACAUGAAAUUGUCACUGAAGCUCCUGAGCCAAAAACAGAAGGGGGUCCUGAAUCAAGAACAGAAGACAAUCCUGGAUCUAAUGGUACUGUCAUCGCUGCAGUUGUGGGCUGUUUCAUCAUCAUCAUCAUCAUCAUCAUCAUAAUGACCAUCAUUUACAAAAGGAAACCAAACACCAAUCCUUGUGGAUUCCAGAGGAGGAUGUUUCUGUGCCUCAGAUAUGAUGAAGACAACAGCAAUUUCCAAGAGCAAAGCCCACAAAAUGUGAUUAAUAUCACUGAGUCAACAGUAUGAAAGCAGUGAAUUUUGUUUGACUUUUAAUGUAAAGCUCGUGAAAGACAAACUUUAGGAACUCCAUAAACUAUAUCUGUUAUCUGUUAUAUCUCAAAUUACUAAACUAACUCUGUUUGUAGGUUUUAAAACUCUAUUUCUGUUUCAUAUUGAUUUCUGUGAAAUAAUGAUAUAUUAUUGAUCUUUUUGAUCCGUGUAUAUUUUUGGCUUUAAUGAACUCAAGCCUGUGUGAACAUUAAGAACCAAUGCAGAAAAACCCAAACUGUUUUUUUUUUUUUUUUUUUUUUUUUUCUUACUUUCAAGGACUUUCUAUAAUGAAUGUCAAUUUUGUAUAUGGUAAGUGGUAUUAUACCUUAAGUAUUGAAAUUAAUUUUACUUAAUGCUAAAUACUUCAUAUUCUGCACCUGCAAUUUUCUAAUGCUGCGGACGCUGUGGUUUUGUACAGGUUCUUUUUUAUUAUUAAAAAAUAAAAAUUAAAGAAAUAAACGUGUGAUGCUCUCUAAACAUGAAUAUCUUGAA